CAUCCGGUCGCCCGGAUCUUCUGCAGGAAAUGACGUCAGUGCAGACAAUAAUAUGGCCUCUAGAAUGGCUGGAAAGGCUGUAGGCAAGCAUAAUGUUGUAAUUCCGUCAAAGUAACGUUGGUUUGUUGGCACGCAGGGUCGCGUACGGACGAGAUGUCACCACCGGUCAUGAUUUCUUUUUACGUCCAGUCUUUCUGAGCUCUAAAACAAGUUAAUCACCGGCCCUCCAUGUCAGAAGGAUCCCGGGCUCCGUGGUCGAAGCGGGGUUGUGUGGAGUCGCAUCGCCGAGAACAGGGGAAACACAAGCAAAGGAAAUGUGAGCGUCCUCUCGGCACACUGACAGCGAAGCCGCCGACCGGCCAGGACGCCUCCAAAAGGUGCUUAAUGGCUGGGGACGUUGAGGUGUACCUGUCACAGGUGCAUGAUGGGAGCGUGUCCUCAGGCUUCCGAGCCUUGUACGAGGAACGUCUCCUGCUGGAUGUGACGCUCCUGAUAGAAGAGCAUCACUUCCAGGCCCACAAGGCCCUGUUGGCCACACAGAGCGACUACUUCCGGGUGAUGUUCACGGCAGAUAUGCGCGAGCGAGACCAGGACAAGAUCCACAUGAAAGGGCUGACAGCAGCUGGCUUCGGCCACGUCCUUCGCUUCAUGUAUUAUGGCUCGUUGGAACUCAGCAUGCCCACAGUGCAGGAGAUUCUGCAGGCGGCCAUGUACGUGCAGCUCACUGAGGCUGUGGAGUUCUGCUGUUCUUUCCUGUUGGCCAAAAUCUGCCUGGAGAACUGUGCCGAGGUCAUGAGGCUGUUGGAUGACUUCAGUGUAGCUGUGGAGGGGGUGCAGGAACGGCUGGACGCCUUCCUGCUGGAGAACUUUGUGCCUCUGAUGUCGAGGCCGGACUUUUUGUCCUACCUGAGCCUGGAGAAGCUGGUGGUGUGCCUGGGCAGUGAACGGCUGAGUCGGUUCCCGGAGAUCGAGCUGUACGAGGCUGUGCAGGCCUGGCUCAGACAUGACCGACGCCGCUGGAGACACACGGACGCCGUAGUGCAGAACCUGCGCUUCGGCCUCAUGACACCGACACAAGUGUUCGAAAAGGUGAAGACCUCCGAGUUCUAUCGUUACUCCCGUCAGCUGAGGCAGGAAGUGGACCAGGCACUCAACUACUUUCAUUCGGUGAACGAGCAGCCGCUAGCCGAAACGAAGUCCAACCGGAUCCGAUCUGUUCGGCCUCAGACGGCCGUGUUCCGAGGGAUGAUCGGUCACAGCAUGGUGAACAGCAAGAUCCUCCUGCUGCAUCGGCCAAAGGUUUGGUGGGAGUUGGAAGGUCCACAAGUUCCUCUUCGGCCUGAUUGUUUGGCCAUCGUCAACAAUUUUGCUUUCCUGUUAGGAGGCGAGGAGCUAGGGCCGGAUGGAGAGUUUCACGCAUCAUCCAAGGUUUACCGCUACGAUCCAAGGCAGAAUUCCUGGCUCAGGAUGGCAGACAUGUCGGUCCCUAGGUCAGAAUUUGCUGUCGGUGUGAUCGGAAAGUUCAUCUACGCCGUGGCAGGACGGACACGGGACGAGACGUUUUACUCGACAGAGCGCUAUGACAUUGCAGAGGAUAAGUGGGAGUUCGUGGAUCCGUAUCCAGUUAACAAAUACGGCCACGAGGGCACGGUGUUGAAUGGAAAACUGUACAUCACGGGUGGCAUCACAUCAUCCUCCACCUCCAAACAGGUGUGUGUGUUUGAUCCCGAGCGCGAGGGAGCAUCGGAACACCGCACACGCCGCAAUCCCAUUCUUACUAACUGCUGGGAGAACAAAUCUAAGAUGAACUAUGCACGCUGUUUCCACAAGAUGAUCUCCCACAACGGGAAACUUUACGUGUUCGGAGGGGUUUGUGUAAUCCUGAGGGCGUCUUUCGAAUCCCAAGGCUGCCCUUCAACGGAAGUGUACAAUCCGGAAACGGACGAAUGGACCAUCCUUGCCUCCAUGCCCAUUGGGCGAAGUGGGCAUGGCGUGGCCGUACUAGACAAACAGAUCAUGGUGCUGGGUGGAUUGUGCUACAACGGCCAUUACAGCGACUCUAUACUCACCUUUGACCCCGAGGAGAACAAGUGGAAGGAGGAUGAGUAUCCCAGAAUGCCUUGCAAACUGGAUGGCUUGCAGGUGUGCAGCCUGCACUUCCCUGAGUAUGUCCUGGAACACAUGAAGCGCUGUAGCUGAGGGUCUCUGAGAAGGAUGAGGGGUGAGAAAGGAGAAAAAACAAACAAAAAAAAAAAACGUUUACAAAUGUGAAAGUAGUCUUCAUAUACUGAUUACACUUUUAAACAGUAGGCCAGUGAUUAUUUAAGAACAAAAAGCAACAUACUUUUUAGGCAGGGGCAGGGGGUGGGUAUCGGGGUGGGAAGGAGGGAGGGAUUGGUUAAUACUGCUGGUUAAGCUGUUUAAGCUUUUUUUUUUUUUUUUUUCUUCCCCCCCCAGAAUUAGCUUUCUCAUUUAAAGAGGACUUGAAUAGCAAACGUUUCUGUGGACUUUUUUUGUGCAUAAUACGAUAAUACGUCCGUCUGUUCUGUAAUCGUAAUGUCCUGUACAAUAACAGCAUACUGCAUUUCCACCACGUCGUUAAUCGUGAAAUCGUCCCAUUCCCCUCGUGUUCUGCUUAAUGGUGUUUGAGGAAGUUUUGUAUGUGUACACACACUCCCACACACGUACAGAUACACACGUGUGCUUCUUCCACCACUUCCAACUCUGAUGCAAUUUGCUGCACUUAUGAACAACUGGACAAAAAUAGACAUUUUAAAUGUCUAACCAAAAAAAAAAAAAAAAAAAAAAAAAAAAAAAUCCUGUUGGUUUUUGUUUUAAGAGUCAUUUGUGUUGCUGCCACACACUAUGAGCUGUAGAAGGUUUUGAAUUAUGAUGAUUAUAAAGAUAGUGACACUAAUCUGUGAUUAAAUUUUGCACUCUGAAGGGUGUUUUUUACUUUGACUGCUAGGCAAUAACACUGGUCCUCCACUACUGAUGAAAGGGGAAGGGGGGUGAGAGGAGAGUAAAGGUGAUCUAUACAUGUCCAUCUCCUGCAAACCUCUGCCAAAUAUAUAUUAACACUAUAACCCUGUUUAAUUUAUUAUAAACUUGCUGUAGACUUGUCUUGAUCCCACUAAGAUAAACCAGCUGCUGUUUUCAGUUUUGUCACAUUUCCUGUAUUGUUUCAUGAGCAAAGGGCUAAAGGACAUAUGCAUUUUUAUUUAUUUAUUAUUAUUCUUUUUUUCAUCAGAGGGGUCAUGCCAAAACAUAGGUCUUCAGUCUGAUCUGUAAAGAAACAUGUGUUUAAAGGCCACUUCUGUUUAUACAGUAUUGUUUUAUACAUUUGAUUAAUAAUCACACCGAGGUCAGAUUGGGUGAAUUUCUCAGGAUAGAAUGUGUUGCUGGACAAAUUGAGCGCUAUGACUUGUACAGUAAAGGCAUAUUGCUAUUUUAACACCUAAUAUUAUCGUUUUCGAAUCGCUGCCCGAGGCAUUGUAGCGCACUCGGAUGAAAGCACUAUCUGCCCUCUUCUUCAAACAUGAUUUGACAGAUGUCCAUGAUCGGUCAGUUUCGUUUGCUUGGCGCCUGGCCGCAGACGGCCGAGGCAUUGUCGGGAUUUGAACGUGCGAAUAGUGAGAUGCCGUAGAUGGGAAUGUGUCAAGCAGAUCGGACUUUUGAGAGUUUCUCGUGGUAAUAUUCAUAAACGUUAACAUUAGCUCACUGGCCGAUAUGCUAUAUUGGCCAAAAGGUUGUGGACACCUGUCUAUCUAUCUAUUUAUCCAUCCAUCCAUCCAUCCAUCCAUCCACAAGAGCAUUUGUAAGGGUCGGGCACUGAUGUCGGGUGAGGAGUCUUGGGGCACAUGAGCAUUCCAGUUUAUCCCAAAGGUGUUCAAUGGGGUUGAGGUCAGGGCUCUGUGCAGGCCACUCAAGUUCUUCCACUUGGCAAGCCAUUUCUUCAUGGACUUUGCUUUGUGCACAGGGAUUUUUAUCGUGCUGGAACAUAUUUGGGCUUCUUAGUUACAGCAAAGGGAGACUGUAAUGCUACAGCAUACAACGACAUCAUAUAUAAUUGUGCACUUUCAACUUUGUGGCAUCAGGUUGGGAAAGGCCCGUAUAUAGGUGUGGUGGUCAUAUAGUGUAGGAGCUAACCUGACGGAACCUCUGGGAGAAUUUUUAUGUCAUGUUGGUAGAUGUUUAGAUGUGAACUCUAGCUGCCUCACAUAAUCUAAAACCUAUUUGAGUGUAAUCAUAAAACUGUGUGAGAGCACCGAUACACUGGAAAGGCAUCUUUGAGGGCUCUAAAGAGACCCAAUGGUCUACAUCAGGGGUGUCCGAUCUUAUCCGGAAAAGGGCCGGUGUGGGUGCAGGUUUUCAUUCCAGACAAUCAGAAGCCACACCUGAGUCUAUUGAAAGCCAAGAUCAACUGAUUAAACAGGUGGAAUCAGGUGUGCCUCCUGCUGGUUGGAAUGAAAACCUGCACCCACACCGACCCUUUGCAGAUAAGAUUGGACGCCCCUGGUCUACCGUCUACAAACGGGUUCUCAGCACAUAGAGCCUUAGACACUGAGGCACAGUUAUUAAUUAUGAAUGUUUAACUUUAAUUACUGUUUGGCAAAAUACACAAAAGCAGUCAAAUUGUACCUAUGGAAAGUUUCCAGAUGAAAUGGCUUAAUGAAAUUUAGCUUUAAAACCCUGAACACGGAUCAGAAGAAAGGCAGAUCAGUGAACCAUCGGCCAUUAUCUGUUUAAGGUAUAUUGGCUAUUCUCCACAGUUUUGUCCAGCUACACAUGAGAUUGUUCAUGAGAUUGUUCUACCCGGUCAGUUAAGUUUUAUGUAAUAACACUCAAAUCUUUUCUUCUGUAUUAUGCUUCCGUCAGUCAUUGGUUAUACAAUACAUUGUGAUUUUCAAUAACUCAAAGGUGGAGGCUGUCUAGAUACGUGGCAUCUUUGGGCAGCACUUGUGCCCUUAAGCUAAGCUUUGUCCAAUUCAGAAGGCAGCUUUUUCUAAGGCUUCAUAUUUGCAUUUGUGCUCGAAUAAGGCAAUCCUAUAAUAGUAAUGUUAAUGUAUAGUUCUAUACAUUAUAGACUUUUAUAAACUUAUUAUUUAUUUUAAUAUCAGUACAUGCCUACCUCAUGUCUGUUUCCCCUGGGAUUCAUUGGCUUUGUACUGAUAUUAUUUAUGGUACUGGUUUGAACUUCCUCAAAUACUGAUUCCCUUAUGUCUCUGUCUUGUAGGUCACAUGUUUUUCUUUUUCCACAACCAACUGUCAAUGUCAUGUACAUAUAGACACCAAACUACAGCCUGAAAGGGUAUCUGCUGUGCAGCUUAAGGUAUAAAAUGCACAGGUCUAUCCAAUUUAGAGUUAUCCUUGUCACAUAUAUCCCUCUGCAAAAUAAUCUGAAUAAAAUAAAAAAAAAAUCCAGUUUAAUAAAACAUAGCCCUGUAUCUAAACUGUACUUGAGCAUUACUCAGAUUACUGACGUAUUUACUGUGAUCUGAUGCUUUAUUGCUACUUGGAGACUUUGUAAUUUCUUUCCUGAAAUAAAUGUUCCUAUUGUUCAGUU